AUGCCCGCUUUGGCUCAACAGAAGGCGCUUGCACAGGACCUGAAGACAAAGAAGACCAAAUCCAGGAAUGGCUGCGGUCGUUGCAAGCUGAAGCGACUCAAAUGUGAUGAGACCGCCGGAUCGUGCCUGCAAUGCAAGAAGAGAAACGUCCCUUGUCCUGGUUACGAGAAGACCCUGAAGUGGUCCACCAAAUAUGAGGUCUUCCAGCCUACAGAGUUCACACCGUCUCCUCCUAAACCAAGGACAGCAUCAGCUGGUGUUCGCAAGACUUUUAAGGCCACAGGAUCUUCGCUCCCAAAGAGUGUCGCCAAUGGCAUCGAAGCUCUUGCUGCUGUACUUCCUGCAGGCAGGAAGAGUGCAGAUGUUGAGAUGACUGGUAAUGACAAGCAAUCAACACCACCACUGGUCUCAUCACCGUCCUUGGAGGAGCUGGUCAUCACUCAGGAGUCCUCCGAAGAGGACGAGGACUCUCCUCGAUACCUCGAGCCGUUUCCAAUGGAUGACAUCAAUGUCUUGGAUUCUGUAAUACUUGAUGGUUUUGUUGACACAAUCCCACUGCCUAACGAGGAGUCUCACUUUGAUCCAUUCAAUAACACUGACCUUGACUCCACUGUAAUGGACGACUUCGGUAGCUUUGGCGGUUUCGACUUCAACGCAAACCCUUCUUCUUUCAAGCACAACGAGUCAUCAACAGAGUCGUUUGUGCUGACCACUUGCGAGUCCAGCCGGGAAGCCAGUCCUCCCCGCCUCUCACGGUCGUUGCUUCUUGGUUUCUACAGACUUCCUAGUCCCUCACCAAAUUCUUCGUCGCCGGACGACCAGGAGUUACUUCUUAUUCAGCAUUACUUCAAAGAUGUGUGCGCCGUCUUCUCUUCUUUCGAUUCACAUCUCAACCCUUUCAGGACCACAAUUGGCAAGAUCUACCAAGACUCACCUUCGAUCAGCUAUGCCAUUCAAUCCAUGUCCGCAGCUCACCUCGCCAACACAUUUCCAUCUAUGGCGGCGAUUGGCAAUGAGCUCCAGCGCAAGGCUGUUGCAGCACUUCAGGAAGAACUGCCGUUGGCACAAGCUGGCCACAUCAGCUGUACAAGGACGUUCCUCAGCAUCAUGAUGCUUGGUUUUACCACAUCGUGGCACGAUAGCAAUGCUCUUGGGACGGAAUUCCUUGCUGCUGCUCGAGGUCUCAUCUUGCCCAAGCUGAUGGAUAGGUCUCAGGAAGUUGAGGUGCAGCGUGAAGCACAGUUCUUUGAGGAGUCUCUUAUCUACUGGGAGAUGGUCAUGGGCUUUGUGACAGAAGACGCUAUGAGCUUCUCGCGGCCGUCAGGUAUGCGCCCUCGGGUAGUCUCCAACAAGAAGAAGAGCACCCCGGCAGGCCGACGUCCGGACGGUAAGAUCGUUCCUCAUCCCUGGACAGGCGUUGCCCCAAUGAUCCAAGCUCUGUUCGCUGAGGUUGGCCUUCUUGUGCGCAGUGAGCGAUCACUCAACAGGGACUCGGUCAUGGACCUCAUUCGUCGUCAAGAGAACCUCUUCAACGCCACGUCCUUGGAAGAAGACCUCCUGGCUGUGGACUACCCCUCAGUCGAUGAGAUUGCUGACACUGGUGAUGACCGCACCCCGAAGGAACACUUCACUGUCCUCGCCGAAGUAUAUCGCUGCGCUGGCCUGCUUGAGCUUUACCGCGUCUUCCCUUCCAUCCUAUACAAGCGCUUGGGUAGCAACAAGCUGCCUGUGUCCGAGAACGUCGACUUCCACUUCCCGAUGCCCCGUUUCGAGACUCCACACGAAGAUGCCGAUAUGAAGCUGUGGCUCAACUCUCUGGCCAUGCACAUCCUGCAGAUGAUUGAGUCUCUGCCAGCAUCUUCGGGUACGUUCUGCAUCCAGCAACUCGUCCUCACCGUAGCUGCCUGCGAGCUCAAGUUGGUCUCGUCGGUCGACUUCUUCGACGUGCACGCCAAUGACUCGAAGGUACUUGAGGUCAGAGAAAAGGUCAUCCGACGUCUGGAGGUGUAUGCUCAUCGCCUGCCUGGCAAGCCACUUCGUCGGUUGAUCACAUUGAUCAAAGAGACAUGGCGACAGUCAGACGAGGGUAACGAUGCCUUCUGGAUCGACAUUAUGAACGAGAAGGGCUGGCACACCAUCAUAUAA